UCUGCGUCAAGAUCCGUUGUCAGUUUAGGUCGGUAUCCCUCGUCCUCGGUUCUCCCGGUUCUCCGCCGCUCCGUCCUGACAUUCCUUCACAUCUCGAUUCGUUAUUCUCAUUAAUAAAUAAUGAAACUCCUACUAAUCUUCGGCCUCGUAUGGCUGAUUUCAUGUUCUGGGAGUACCGCCGACACCCCAAAAGGACCCAAAGUUACAGAUAAGGUAUGGUUUGACAUAGAAAUUGGCGGUGAACCAGCUGGAAGAAUCGAGAUUGGUUUGUUUGGUAAAACUGUUCCAAAGACCGUAGCAAACUUCGCCGAGCUUGCAAAAAAACCUGAAGGAGAAGGUUAUAAGGGAAGCAAAUUCCACAGGGUAAUCCGUGACUUCAUGAUCCAAGGUGGUGACUUCACAAAAGGAGACGGAACCGGCGGACGCAGUAUUUACGGAGAACGUUUUGCUGAUGAAAACUUCAAGCUCAAGCAUUACGGUGCUGGAUGGUUGUCCAUGGCCAAUGCCGGCAAAGACACAAAUGGCUCACAAUUCUUCAUCACCGUCAAGCAAACCCCUUGGCUCGAUGGAAGACAUGUCGUUUUUGGAAAAGUAAUUAAGGGAAUGGAUGUCGUGAGGAAAAUCGAGAACUUGAGUACGGACAGUCGUGACAAACCAUCUAAGGAAGUGAAGAUAGCUGAUUCUGGUGCUGAAACUAUCGAAGAGCCGUUUGCAGUUGCUAAAGAGGAUGCAACUGAUUAAACCUUGAGCUACUAACUGGUGUAAUAAAUGUCCCAAGCUCAACACGUCUACUGAGGCCUGAUGCAUAAAUCAUUUAUGAUUAGAAAUGCCAUUGUAGCGUCGUUGAAAUGACCAAGUUUUAUUACCUGUGUGCUACAAUUGGUCACCGAACAAUGAAAUAGGCUAACAAUUUUCUCAAUCUAUAACUACAUUUUUACGUCAUGUCGAUGAAUAAAUUUGUUAAAAUUUUGUAAAA